ACAGCGCCAUCAGGCAAAGAGGGAAACGCUCGACCGCCUUUGCUCGCCGCCCGCUCUCUGUGUUUGUGCGCGCACUUACGGAUGGAGGCUGACCGGGCCGCCUCAGCGCAGCCCGACGUGAAAGCAGAAGAGGAAAUAGAAGCACUGAUUUUUGAUGGUGCAGAGGUUGUUGACAUUCGCAACAUGCAAGUUCCUCAGCGAGUACUUUCGGUUAAUAGUGUCCCCUCGACUUUACAUGAGAGUGAUGAACAAAGGAGAUGCCUGGCAACGCUAGUAUAUUUGAAAAAUACCAGAAAUAAUAACCCUGGGGAGUGCAGCGCUGCAAGAGUCGAUCUAUCUAAUGUGGAACCUGAAAGCACUAGUCACCAGGAGCAACCCCUAACUGGGAAUAGGCGUGCUCAACUCAUUACUCAACCAUGUGGGCUCCGAUCAGGCAAAAGGAAAAUAUUUGCUCCCUCUCGUACCCAGAUGGACAAACCAGCCAACUACAAUGAAGUAAGAACAAAGAAGAAGAGACUGCACAGUAUGGUGAGGUCACCUGCAUUAAGGAGACUAUCAGAUGAUGAAGAUUAUGAAGAGUAUUAUGAUGAGGAAUCUGAUGCAAUGCCAGAUAAUGCCAGUGACUUGUCAGAUAGCUCUGAAAAUGUAGGUCAGCAGACCUCAUUGAUGGAAGUUAUCAACUAUUGUCAGGUUAUUUAUUCUGCUAUCCGAAGACUGGACAGAAAAGUGGAAGUGAUUCAAAGAAAAGUAUCUAAUCUGCGUCAAGGAAAAACAAGAUACUUAACUAAACAAAGACAAGUUUUAGCAUCUCUUUCCAAUGGUUAUAACCAGACACUGAAGAGGAAAAUGGUACUGAAAUCCAGCGGGAAUACACGAAAGAAGAGAAUUGCCAGCUCCAGCCCUUCUUAUCAGAGUGAGCCAAAUUACUCUAACGAUCCUAUAAUAAUUCAGGAUGAAGAAGAUGUUGCUGAUGUGAUAGUGGAAGAGAAGCCAAAUGAAUCAGCACCCUUUCAUUCCACGGAACAGAUCCUCAAAAACAUGAUGCCACCAACCAACUCAGCCAUACCUGGUCAAGUAGUACAACCACCUGCCCUAAACUCAGACCUUCAGCAACCGAGCCCGAGGCUGCAAUCCAUGCCAGUUACAUACAAAAUGAACAAAAUACCGAACAGCCACUGUCAGCGCCCAGUUCUUCAGCAGCUCGAAAUUAAGAAAACUUUUCAACCCAUAGAACAUGCACUCCAAAACAAUGAUUCAUCUCCUGAUCAUUGUAGUACUUUGGAGCAUUUGAGAAGGGAUCUGAUGCUGCGAGAUUCCUCUUUUGAUCUUUCAAAGAACAGCUUUGGAUUUCUGGGGAAUCCCAAGCGCAAUGUUAAAAUACCUGGUGCAUUUAUAUUGAAGGCCAGUCAAAAGACCCAGCCAAAGUUAGCAGCACGUUAUUUGGCCAGGAAUCUGUUCACUGAUGAGGUUCUCGUAUCGAGUAGUGUUCUGGGAAACAAACAGUAUGGGCUGAAGUCACUGGAUCCAAACAAACUUGCAGCUGUGAGAGAGUUCUUAAGCAAACAGUUCCCCCACCAUGAUCUCACUGAGGUUGGUAAGGACUGGAAGAUCUGCAUCUCUGCAAUCAACAAUAUGAUCAGCACAACAAGGAGAAGAGUUGAAACAGGCUCAAACCAGAGAAGAGAAUACCUGUCUGAUGAAAAAGCAUCAACUUCAUCCAUCUCUCCAUCUACCUCUGAUUCUGCCGCAAAUGGUCAACUCUGGUGGCUUUACCAGAAUCCAACACCAUUAUCACCUGCUAAAAGUCAAAAAACUUAUGAAAAAUUAGAGUGCCUCGGAAGAUCUGACCGGAAAGUGGAGUUGCCAGCCUCUGUGAUCCAUCUUGCCAAGCAGAGGACACGACCUGAAUUAGCAGCCCGUUUCCUCACCAGACACCUCUUCCCAGACAGUGUGCUUCUCAGGAGUAAUGUGUAUGGAGCAAUUCGGAAAGGAAAAGCUCCUCUUGACUGUAACAAGAUAAAUGCUGUUCGAGAAUUUCUAGCGGAAUACUUUACUGGUUUUGACCUGGCUGAGGAUGGCAAGGACUGGAAAGUGUGUGUUGAUGCAAUUAAUGGUGUCAUUCGAUGUCUCAGAUAUGAACUGAAGAAGACGCCACAAGGAAGGUCAUUCCUAAAGCAUUAUUCAUCACCUGUCCCAGGCCAAGCUGAGAUGGAAUGACAUGAAGCAAAUGAAUGCAAGCUGUAAUUACAUGAUCAUAGGCGCAAACCCAAGUAUUAAUUGUAUGCUGUUCUGAGGUGUAUGGAAGAAAUAAUGGAAGGAACAUUAAAGUGAACAUUCCAUCAUUAUCCUAGAGGUGAUUUUGUUUACUGUUUCUCAAUAUGCUUAGAAUGUUACAAAAUCAAAUCUCAAGAAUAAUUUAGAAUGAUAAUACAAAAACUGUUUAUGCCAUGUUCACUUUAUCUGCAGAGAAAACAUCUACAUUAAAAACUUCUUUAAAAAUGGAGACCAAUACAAACAAAAUAUUCAUUACACAAUUGCAUGCAUUCCUGAAAAUAAAAAUAAAAAAUAGUCUGUAAUUGGAAAGAGCCCGGUACCCAUACUUUGUGAAAGGUUGAUCAUCUAUUUUGUCACUGAAAUAAAUGCCAUCAUAAUUAUAGUUAUGAGGUUAUAAGCACAGGCAGCAGUAUCUUUUCAUUAAUUCCAUGGUUAUUGAUCUCCAAAAUACACACAGGACAGCUUCAAUGCUCUCUGUUGAAGAUUCCCAACAUAAUGAAUUUUAAUCUAAUUUGCCAAACAAAGUGGUGGCAAGUCAGUCUUAAUAUAUGCUCGUUGUGUUCCAAUUACAUCACCAAUAGUCAACUAAACUUUUCACUCAGGCUGAAGCAGGGGGAGUUGUCUUUAAUUUCCUUGAUAGACUGAAUGAAGACAGAAAAGUAUCUUACAUUGAAAACACUCAGGAACAUUUAUUUUACUAUGGAAAGCUUGGUCUUCCCGAGUACAGAAAUUCUCCAUCUGCUCUUCUCAAGCACAAGAACCAUGUGAGAUGGCCCCACAUACCUACCAAUGUCUGUAGGAUUAUUGAAGUCACAGCUGUUUGCCAGAUCUCUGCCAGCCACCUGCUCAAUACCCACACACAGUUAAAACUGAAACCCUGGGCACUAAUUUGCUGAAUUCAUUGGUAAAACUGUUACAGGUAAUAAGGAUUAAUAUGUUAAAAAUUUGUGAUCAUCACUGUUCUAUGCCUGAGACACUAUUGGUGCUAUUUUUCAGAUAAGAACUUAAAUCAAAAUCCUAUCUGCCCUCAAGGUCUUAAGGAACAAUAUCAAAAAUUUUAACUGGUUAUGUUGCUUUCUGACAUUAUGUGGAACAUUGUGUGCAGAUUAGUUUCACCAUUUUCUGCGUUGUAACAGCGACUACACAUUUGCAUUGUUUGUAAAGCACUUUGGGAAUCUCGAUAGGUAGUACUUAGCAUCAUAGAAGGAAAGAUCACAAGCUGAGGAAUUUUGGACCAGUUUGUCCAUACUAGUUCUUAUCCAAUUAAUUUUACUCCCUUGUUCUUUUUUCUGUAACCCUGAAAUAUUUCCUUGAUGUAUAUCAAAUUCUCUUGGCAGUUACCAAUGAACCUGUUUCCACUGGCCUUUUGAGUAAUGCAUCCCAAAUCACAGCAAUUAUAAAUGAAAAUCUUUCUCCAUUCUUUGAAUGGUAUCUGGCCUUUGGUUUUUUCCUGUCUUUGUGUUUAGACUUUGAAGGAGACUACUAACUGGAACUACAAAGAUCUAUUUUGUGGAGCUUUUUUAAAAACAUUGAUCUACAUUUUUUUAAAUUAAAAUUAA